GAUGUCGCUGGCAGAGAAAUCAAGAUGGCAUCCGAGGCUGGUAAAAGUAUCGUGUCAAACGAACGGUGUUGUGAUGUAAAUAAUACGAUCGAGCGCGUGCACGACGAUACAGAGACAGUCGCGAGCGUCGUGCCGGUAACGAGGACGACGUCGUGGAACGGUGUCGUCAAACGAGGAAACGAAUUCGCGGAGGAUUCGGUCAGGACGCCUACGAUAGUUCCGACAGCGUCGUCAACGUUCGAUGCGAAUUCUGAGGGGAACAAGGAGUCGCGGGGCAACGUGGUGGCGGAUUUCGUGAAGCCCGCCGGUGAUGUUCGCCACGGGAUUCCUGUCACCGCGAAGUCCUCGGAUCAAUCACGAACCAUGUCCGAUCAAAGGAACGAUCUGGAUGGUGUUGACCAUUUCGCAGAACAAUCCGAUGGAAAUCCAGAUAAAUGCAACAAUGAAGUAGCGAAACCUCCGAUAGAACAGCAUGUCAUUCAUGCCGAGCCAGGAUACAACAAGGAUGCAGCGAUCGUAUCUGGAGGGCUUCACGCGAAUGGAUUGCCGACGAAACUUGAGGGAUGCGUGAGUUUCGAGCAUGGAAACACGCCGCAGCUGGGCGAGAGCCCUCAGAGCAGCGGCGAGGUGAUCAGCAGUCCCAGAAGUCCGGACUAUCCACCGAGAGUCUCCGACGGUCCGAAUAGUCCCAGCACGACUCUAGCCAGUGGCAUGACGUCGUCCUCGACUAUAGCUAUGGACACGGCGAAAUACGAAACAGAGGAUUCAAACAAUAUAGCAGUGGCUAAAGUGAAGAAGAACUUGUCGUAUGCAUUUUGCGGGCAGUUGGAGCAGCCGAAAGAGCAAAUUCAUGUCCCCAUACGAAUGAACACGAAUGACAAUGAUACUAAGAUAGAGACGAAAAUCGACGUGAUUAACGUGAAACCCGAACCCGUUGAAAUAAAAGCAGAAUUGCCAGAUUGCCAAGAGCAAAUGGACGUAACCAAAUCUGAAUUUGAUAACGACAAAUCUACGAUAGUCAAGCAAACUAUGGACAGUACAGAAAUUUUGUCUCAAACAACAAAUUGCCCUGCGUCGUCGACUUCUCAAUCGAAAUCGUGCUCCUCCUCUUCCACCGCUGCGAGAGAGAAACGGAACAAGGAGCACAGCGAGCGACGCUACUGUUCCCGCUGCUAUAAACGCAGCAAGAUAAAACGCGCCAACAUCGGUGUUCAAUGCAAACGGGAUCGUACCAGUAGUACGAGUAUACUUCCUCUCAACACGAAACCAAUCCCGUUCUCGAAGUCGACCAAUGAGAAUCUCAGGCUAAAUCUACAGAUGAAGAAUUACAAAAUGCUGCAGAGCGCGCCGGUGAAGAGCGAUCUUCUGGACGGCCUAAAAUAUAAAAAAUUCAUUCACAUAGAGACUUACCCCAACGGUGGUGCCACCGUGGUCCACAUGUACCAAGACGAGAUCGACGCGUUGUCGCGUGAGCAAGUCGAGGAACUGGCCCAGGAAUACUUUAAAGUAGUUUUCGGCGAGGACGAGAAUGGUAACGCUCACCACGUUAUGGGAAUAGUUCACAAUGCCGCGGCGUACCUGCCGGAUCUUCUGGAUUACAUGGCCGACAGUUAUCCAACGUUGACCGUUAAGAACGGAGUCUUAGGACGUAACAGCGAUAUAGAAACGACGACUAUGGUUCAAUACAAGGAGCAAGUGUGCAAGGCAUAUAGCAACGGCACCGUCAGAUACGGCCCUCUUCAUCAGAUAAGUCUGGUGGGCACCGUUCACGAAGAAGUAGGUGGAUACUUCCCCGACCUCUUACAGAAACUAGAGGAGAACCCGUUUUUAAAACUGACCAUGCCUUGGGGUCCGUUGUCCGUCGUGAAGAUGGACACGCCUCAAGAAUCCAACGACGGUCCUAUCUUGUGGAUCAGACCAGGAGAACAAUUAGUUCCCACAGCGGAUAUAAAUAAAAGCCCUUAUAAAAGACGCAGGACAGGUAUUAAUGAGCUUCGCAAUCUUCAGUAUUUGCCUCGACUGAGCGAGGCCAGGGAGUACAUGUUCGAGGAUCGGACGAAGGCCCACGCGGACCACGUGGGUCACGGUUUGGAUCGGAUGACCACGGCCGCUGUAGGUAUAUUGAAGGCCGUGCACGGUGGUCAACGAUCUGAAUUCAACAGGAUUACGAAGGACGUAGUCGCGUUUUACGCGGGCGACUUCCCGGAGCUGGUCGAGAAGUUGCAGUUGGACCUGCACGAGCCGCCUAUCUCGCAGUGCGUACAGUGGGUCGAGGACGCGAAGUUGAACCAGCUGCGUAGACAGGGUAUACGUUACGCCAGGAUCAAUCUUUACGACAACGACAUAUACUUUUUGCCCCGAAAUAUAAUCCAUCAAUUUCGAACGGUGUCUGCGGUGGCCAGCAUAGCCUGGCACGUCAGGUUGAGACAGUAUUACCAGGAAUCGCAGCACAAUUCGAGCGUGAGACAUUCUAGGGUCGGCGGCGAUCAUCGCAUCAAGGAGAAGAAAUCUUUGGGAGCAGUGACCAGCGGCGAAGAACAGAAGGAGAACACGAAUAGGCAGCGGGUGGACCAGAAACAUUCGAUAGACUCGUUGGAAGAGAAGAAAGCGAAGGAACGAGCUGCUGAGUAUCAGGGAAAUCUGAAGAAGUCCGAUCACCAUGGUAAAAGAAAAGAAGACCGUAAGAGAAAUCACUCGAGGCAUACUUCCAUCUCUGGUAAGAGGAAAAAAUCUUCCGAGAAAAAAGAUAACCGCGAUCACUUUAGCAAAUCUAUGGAAACUAAAACAACCGAACAAAAACAGGGCAGCGAUAAGAGAGAACAGGAGAGGUCGCAGGAGAGGAGACACGAUCGUCGGAGGUCCAACGAGAAAUCUAGCCAUCAUUCUCACAGCAGUAAUAGCAGCACCAGCAGCAGCAGUAACAGUCACCGCACAGAGAAAAAGAAGUACGAUUGCUCUGGCCACAAGCUAGAUCAUCAUCGUAGCCACCAUAGAUCCUCUGGCAGUAAAGAAAACGUUUCGAGUGAAUCGAAGACUAGUACGCCUUUGUCUAAGGAGAGUAAACGACGAUUGUCGGUGAACGAAAACGACGAUUGCGAUAACAUAGUUCUGGACCAGGAGGUGUUAACGCAGCGACAAUUCGUCGCGAAAACGUACGCGACGGAGGUCGUCGACAAAGCUCUAGAGAUCGCGAUAUACAAAUCUAAAACGGAUGUGGAAGAGGUCUGUCAGUCAUUGCGAACCGGUGUCUCGGAAGCGUCCAAAGAAAUGUUGGAGAGGAUUCAUAAAGAAAGUUUUGAAAUCGCGAAGCAAAAAUACAAAGAGGACACGGCAAAAGUGGAUAGAUAUCGCCAGUUGUUGGAGACGGAGACCACGUUGGCGUUCACGUCGAAAAUGGAGUGCGCCACGGAGAAUGCGGUGAAGGCGUUGAUCGAGAUGGCCGAGGACGAAGCUAAGGAAAGAUCCAAAAAGGAAGAUGUUGUAACUAGUGGCAGCUGCGAGGAGACUGUAGAACCGACUAAGAUCGCCAAUUCUUCCUCCUGUUCCUCGAUAAUGUCCACGUCUCCUUUGAUAGAAACGGAAGGGCAUAAUCAUAGCAACAGGAAUAGCGGUAGCAGCGAUGAGAACGUCUCGAAAUCGUCGGAAUCUGAAUCGCGUUCAACAGACUCAAAGAGAAGGGAGACUAAAAAUAGGGAAGAGAAGAGUUCCAGGAGCGACCGGCAUAAAGAUAGCAGAAGAGAUCGAGAUAGGAGCGAUAGAGAUCACAAGAGACAUCAUCAUCGGAGUCCUCAGAGUAACAAAUCUGAGAAAACCAGAGGAUCUAGUACGAAAGAGGAUUCCCAGAAACAUAGUAGUACAGACAGCAAGGAUGUUGAGAGGAAAUCGGAAAAAAGAAGAGACAGCCAUCACAGUCAUGCGAGGGAUCAGAAAAAAUCGAGUUCUUCCAGUGGAAGUCGUUCCUCGAAGGAGGAAACCGCGUCGAGCCGGUCUCACUCGUCCAGCGCUAAUCACAAGAGAAAGUCGAGCUCUUCGGAGGAACGCAAGGAUGCAAAGAAACCGUGCGUCGAAAGGAGAGAUCUCGUUGCCACGAUGGAACAGGAUAAGACUCUAGAUACCUCGUUAACUACUUUGUUAACGGUGACGACGACGGUGGCACAGUCAACGACAACAACUACAACGACGAGCACGAUCGUCACAACGUGAAAAGGUGAAAGUUUUAGAUCGUAGUACAAUCUCGAUUAGACGAAGUCCUACGCAAUUCUAUUGCGGGGACUCUAACUGAUUUUGGUUUAGGAAAUUCACAAUUAUGUACAGUAUAUCCUGAUUCAGGCUUAAGCUCUUCCUAUUGAACAGAGGAAUUUUUUUAAUAGUCACUUGCGAUGAAAAUCGUGCAGUUGGCCACAAAAGUAUCUGGUAUCAGUUUAGGCACAGAGUUAUAAACAAACGUGAAAUUAGAGUUUCAGUAGGCGUAAAAAUUUUAAUUAGAUUCUUUUAAAUCGUACAAUAUUAAUAUGAAAUUACAAAUCUAUUACUUAUUUAUAAUUUUACUUAUAUCCCGCUUGAUAUUUUACGAUCAAAAUUUUGUGGGACCGACUGUAUACAUAUAUAGAAUAACAUUUUACUUUUAGUUCGAUAAAAAUCUUUUCUAAAUGUACUCGCGAUACGUCUUUUAAAAGAUCAGGUAUUUUUCUAAACUUCUAAAAUUCUUUAAAUGGAUCUCUACAAAAGGAUUCGAAUAAGAUCGUUCUCGCGACAUUCAAAAUCACUCAUAAAUCAUACAUCCAAAUCAAGUUAUGAUUUCAAUUGAACGAAGUAAAGAAUUCCGACUGAAAGCAAAUCACGAUUAAGUUUAGAUCUACAAUAUGGAAUUUGAAUGUUAUUCUAAAAAUCAUGUAUAAGAUUAUUUUGCUAUAAGAUGCAGAAACAUAAACAGAAGGAAGGAAUUAAGAAAAAGUUUGUAGAGACUGUACGAAUAAGACAUGGUGUACAAAAAAAACGAGGUUUGUACAAAAUUCGUGUUUAGAUAAUCGCGCGAGUUAGAGGUGCUCUAACGCUUGUAAAUAGAUUAACAAACGAAUACGCAAUCGUCGCAGGGGGGUCUUGUAUAAACGAGUAUACAUAUGUACAUAUAGAAAUUAUGUAUGUACGGACAUUGACGGUUGGAAGUAUUGGUACGGAUCAAUCAUAUGAGAAUUUAUGUAGAUCCCGAGGACGCGUAUAAUUUUGUUACAAACUGAAACGUGUCAAGGAUUAACUUUUAUAUCGACGAUCAUAAAAGGAAACGAUAAAACAUAAUUUAGUUGGCUUUUAAUGAAAGAAAAGUGCUAACGUGAGAAUAAGACGUACGAGAAGAGAGAAGGAUUGUAAAUAAUAAAUUGCAUCUGUUCAAGUGAACAUAGAUUUUAUACGAUAUAACUAUUACCAAUACUUUUGUUCGUUAUUGUGCGUAUCUGGGAUUAAGUGGUAUGACUAGAUGCAUUUGUAAAAUUUUGUAUAACACACACUCCACUUGUGUGUAUACAAGAAGAAACAUACACGUGUGAAUGUAUAUGAAUCUGUAUAAUGUAAUGUACAUACAAACAAUUUGAAAGAGAAAAGUAUAUAUGAUAAAUGUAAAUUAUUUAUCACUGUUUUAUUUGAAAACGAUUCUCCAUGUGACUCGAAGAUUUUUAUUUUGCAAAAUCCCCUAUUUUUGUUUCUGCAUUUGUUCAAAAGAAAAUCUUCUCUACAUGGAAAUUAUCAUAUUUUCAACUUAAUUUAAAACAAUAAAGAACAGAGAAAUGCUAUAUAUAUAUAAUGUACUGAUUACAGCAUAUAUAGAAGAGAUAAAGAAAUGUUGUGUACAUUAAAGAAAUAAAGUAACGCGACUACGAUGACAGAAAAGUUUAAUUCAAGUCUAAAUCGACAUCGAUUGUUAGAUGAAGCUAUUAUGUAUAUGUACUAGUAUUUUAUAUAUUUAAACAAAUUUUAUUUAUAUUACAAAUGACGAGGAUACAAAAAGGGCAAGAGAAAAAGUUUUCGAUAACGAUGCUGACGGAUGUAUAUACGUACACUUAAUCGUUGUGUCGCGUACGAAUAGUGAUUAAUUAAUAAUUAAUUAGUUUAAUUAGCGAUUACACGAAUACAGCGAAUGCGCUCGGUUAGAUUUAUGGAUAUAAGUACCUACAUAAAAAAGGAAGAAGUGUAGAUUUGUGCAUACAGAACCGCUAAAGUACGUAUUUAAAAAAAAAAGGUAGAAACUGUUGUAAGUUAACAAUAUUCGCAUAUAAGUUAAUAUAUUCUGUUCUAUAAAAAAAAAAGAGAUAAUCGUAAUCGACUUAUUCAAUAUAUGAUAUUUUUAUUUAAAUAAGUCCAGAAUUGUAUUAGGUAUCUUAAUUUAUCUGCACUUAUUACAAGCCGUAUGUAUUUAUUUGCUGGUAAUCGGAAUCAUUUUUAAUUGUAAUGAAAGUUUGAAGUUGUAGGAUAAAGAAAAGGUUAUUUUCAA